UCGCAUUAGUUCGUUUAUGAGCCGAAGGUGUGGGGGAAAGUGUGUGAAAAAUGGCAACUUUAACGUGGCAUACGUUUCUUCUCGUAGCGAAUUUUCUUAUAAUUUCGGUGUUUUAUGUGAAAACGGAUGCGCAGGAAGCUCAUCGGCCUUGGUACGAAAAUUUGCCGGCCGUCGCGAUGGACUACAAAGUGCACGUCGAAGCCGGCAAAGAAGAUUGUUAUUUUCAAUACGUUCAGCCCGGCGCAACGUUCUACGCUUCGUACAGUGUGGUGAGAGGUGGAGAUGGAAUGGCUGGUUUUGCAGUUCGGAAUCCAACAGGUCAAAUAGUUCGUCCAUAUCAGUGGCUUCCAUCUGGUGAUUACACAGAUCAGUCGUCUACUGGCGGUUAUUAUUCGAUUUGCAUUGAUAAUCAAUUCUCCCGUUUUGCCGGAAAACUUAUAAAUUUAUAUAUUACGGUGGUAAAAUACGAUGCCUGGGAUCAAUAUGCGAAGGAAAUUGAAGCGUUGAAUGUAAACAUGGAAAAUUUCACGGUUGCUAUCGGCUUAGUGGAGCGUAAUAUCAAUAACAUGCUGCAAUAUCAGUCGUUCGGUAGGACGCGCGAAGCCAGGGAUUACGCACUUCUGCUAGAUAAUAAUUCGUAUGUGCAAAACUUUUCGGUAGCACAAAUUUUAGUUAUAUUUGUUACGUGUUCCAUUCAAGUUUAUUUUGUACGAAAGCUGUUUGACAUCAAAUCGACUGGAUCAACGAGGAAUAGGAUUUGAAGUUAAUUGGAGCAUUUCACUUUGAGAUUGAUGUCUAUCUUCCUUGAGAAUUCUAACUUUGUCCAGUGGCUCUGAAAUACUUAAAGUGUUUAAUUAUUUAUUCCUGUGCCUUACAUUUGUGUCUCUUUCAAAACUGUCUUUCCUCCCUUUCCAUUUACAUAAAUUCUACUUCAAAUAUUUUUAUCGUGUUAGAUAUUUACUACUAGU